UUAAAUAAUUUAUCGAUUUCUUUCUUUUUUAUCUUCCUUUAAAUGGCAACAUAUUUUCAGAGCUUGUGUUUUUGUUUUGGUUUCACGCGUGGACCCAACUGUAUUCUUUACUUAAUAGUGCUAGCUCAUUGAGCUAUGUUUGUACCCAUUAAAAAACUUCUUACUUUAAAAACAUAUCAAAUAUGUUUAUAGAUAAAAUGUUUUAUAAUUUAUGUGCUUUGUUUUUAUAAUUUAAAAACUAGGAUUAUUGUAAAGUUUCAAUUAUCUGUUCUGUGUGCAACAUUUGAAAGUAUGGAGGGUUUAUUUAAAUAUUAUUGUUUUGACGAGGAGAAGGUUUUAUGUAAUUUGAGAUGUAUUUACAAUGUGCUUUUACGGGAAAAAUGCAUUAUUAAUUCUAAAAUAUUGGUUGAUUUGUUAGGCAUUGUACAUUCUUUUGAGAAAUGUGAAGAGGAAAAUCUCUUAGGCAAUAAAUUUUAUAAAUUAGAAGAACAUUUAAGUAGCGAUUGCAAAACAAUUUUACUUUCGAUUACUCACGUCCUAUUUACAAAACAUGUAAAAUAUAUUCUUUCUGAGAGAGUUGAAAAUGACGAUGAGUGCUCAAACAUUUCUUUACUUUUAGAUACUGCUACUUGUUUAUCCAAGCUUUUUGAAACCGAAGAAGAAUUAGUUAAAGAGACUUUUAAUUAUAUAAGCGAAUUUUUUGCCCAUUAUAAGUUGCAAGAAAAUACUCAUUUGCAAAGCUACGAGUCUAGUUUAAACAACAAAAUUUAUCUAAUCUUGAAAUUUUUCUCUCGUUUUCUAGAGUGUUUCCCUACUAUACAAGAUCAUGAAACUGCUGAACUGAUUAUCAGCAUAGUUGGCAACUUAUCAUUUUCUGAUUUAUCAACCAUUAAAUAUUUCGCAAACUUUAUUCUUCCUGUUGUAUUGAAAUUGAGUAAUGUUUCCAUUACAGAGAGCAUAUUUAAAGUAAUGUGGGAUUGUGUUCAGUUUCAGUAUGAACAAAGCAAUGAUGCACGAAGUCAUAAUUAUGCUAUAUACAUUCUGGUGUAUUCAAUUACUAAGUAUAUCUCUAACUGUCCUAAGGAUCUUCAAUUAUUUUUUGUCCAAAAUGUUCUCUUUUGGGAUGUUAUACAGUCUGGUUUAGCAUCAGAUGCUUUUUAUAUUAGAAAAAUUACUGUGAACAUAUUUAAGACAAUUUUGUGUUGGUUAUCUAACACAGAGAGUAUUAGUGUGACUGUAAAUGCAAAAAAUACUACAUCAACACUCGUUUCAACAGCUUUCCCUGAUGGCCUAAGAAUUUGGGAUGAUAUAGUUAAUAUUUUUGAAACUUUGGAAGAAAAGCAGAUACAUAUUAUCAAGCCUGUGUUGCCCAAGUUUUCCAGAAUAGUACAAUUGUGCUCUCCUCAGCAUGGAAAUUGUCUGAGUCCUUCAUGGUGCAUGAUUCUUUUUCGCAGAAUGCUAAAACAUGAAAGUCGCUGUGUGGUUAAAUGGACGUUGGAUUUUACUUUUCAAUUAAGCUAUGAAGAUAAUGCUAUUUUAAAAGAAAAUUCAGAGGAUUUCAUUAAGCUCCUAUUUGAAGCAAUUAAUGAUCAAACUUUAUUUUCAAGGGCUUGUGAGCAAGAUAAUUUUGCUAUGUUUCUUUCAUCAGAAAAAAUUUCUAUAUUCCUAAAUAAUUAUAUCGGUGCCUUUGCGCAGGAAACUGAAAAAGUGUUAUUUUUGAAGAGCUUCCUCCACAUCAUUGCCUCACAAUCAUGGUCAAUAGCACCAUUACUUCAUGUAAUAUCUGCUUUAACCAAAUUGCAUAGUAUUCCUGCUUGGACCAUUAAAGAUAUACCAAACAUUAGAAAAAUUGUUUCUGAUUGCCAAAGAAGUCAAGAGCCUACAUUUCGAUCUGUUUUGGAGAAUAUGAUUUUCAAGUGCUGUUGUUUAUUUUUAGACUGGAGUUCUUUUAAUCUGGAAGAUUUGGCAGAUUUGUUGGUGAUUUUUAAAAAUGUCAACCAUCUUCAAAAUACUGAUACUUGGAUAGAUAUGACAUUCAAGUUUAAAGAAAAUUUCAUGAAGCAUUCGAACAACUAUAGUGGAGCAAUAGAAUUUUGCAAUGUAAACAUCAAAAGAAUCCUAGAUUCCAAUUGUUCAAGUUCAGUUGAUUUCCUGCUGAUAGAAAAAAUCUGUAAUAUUUUCAUACUGCUAAAUGAUGCAUCAAUUAUUUCUUCAAAUGAGAACUGUAAUGUACCAAAUGUGUCGUGGAAGGUCAUAUUAAAUCCUGUUAUUGAGGUAUUGCAGAAUGUAACUAAACGAUCGUACAUGCCAAUUACCAUGUUGCUUUCAUCACUGCUACUUAUAAUUCAUCUUCUUAAAAAGGGAAAAAAUUGUAACAAAUAUCACGUUUUAAUGUCCCCUCUCAUGAAGUGCCUUCAAGAUUGUCCAGAGACAAUGGAGUUUAUUUUUCAAGUGAUAUUUUCAGAGAUAAAAAGUGACAACUACAUUUUAAAGAUCCGAAUUAUCUUCAUCUUUUUAGACACUUCUGUACACGAACCUAAUCUCAAAGAAUUAGUGUUUAUGAUGGUACCAAAAAUAAUGGAAAGGUGUGCAAUUGUUGCAAAAGAUGAAAAAUUAAAACCAACUCUUUUGAUACCUUUAUGGAUUAUAGCAAAUAAAAUGUAUUUCCUUUCGCAAGGGAAUACUUGCUGUUCGUUUCCAGGAAAAUCAGAUGAUUUAAAAUCCCUCAACUUUUCUGUUAUCUCUCAAGCUGUUCACAAUAACCUUUUAUGUGAUUCUCUAACUAGGAACUCUGGCACUAAAAAACUAGACAAUGAGGAAAAUCUAAAGUUUGUGGAAAAUUCAAUUUGUCAGUUUUGGAACACAUGUUCAGAUAUUUUGCAAUAUUCUUUUUGUGAUAACCUUGCCAAUUUACUCUUACCACUGAUUGAAAAAAUUCACCUAGCUUUUGAUAACGGUCCCAAAGUGGCAAUACCUUGUGCCAUUGAAUGCCUACAGUUUAUUAUCCCCAAACUUAGAAUAGAAGAUACAAAAAUAAUGCACGAUGCCUUAAUAGGGUCAUUAAAGGUGUGCUUGGAGCUUCGUGGGAGUGAAGCUUUCAGACCUGCUGUGUGUUCCCUUAUUAAAACGGUUUUUCAAAAGAAAAUGUUUGAAGACCAGUAUUUUGACAUCCUUUAUGAGUUUAUUGACCAUUUUGGAACAUUAUCUGAAAAUACAUUUGGUAUAUUUUAUUAUGUUAUUAGUCAUUUUUGCAGCACUUUUACUAUUCCUUGCUUAAUUGAAUCUAAAUUUAAUUAUGUGCAACUGUUUGUGCAAGCUUUAACAUAUGGUCCAACACAUGAAAAAGGACAAAAAAUAAUCGAAGAUACCCUAGUUUAUAUUACAGAAAACAGUUCUUUGCUACCUAUUAAUAAAGAACCAGUUUGUACCAAACCAUCAUAUUUUGUUCGAGUUGCGAUCAUUAAUUAUGUGUUGCGAAAUAUUAAAAAUGUUGAGAAGUCUAGAGAUGAUUUUAUAUUUAAGUUGAUCAGUGGUCUUUUAGAUGCCGAUAAUGAACAUUACAAUGUUCGAACUUCGCGUUUCUCCAACUCAUUAAGCCACCGUAUGAGAAACAGAAUUUGGCAAUCCAUAUGCUUACUGCAACCUUUACUGACGAGUGUAGAUUUUAAUGAACAAAUUUUGGACCAAAUUUUCGUUGCCCUAGAAAAUAAAACCCAUCAACCUUCAAUUCGUUAUCAGCUGGAAUGGAUUAUAUUUAAUAUUCUUAAAACUGAAAAUAUGCUGAUAGCUAAAUACUUAUCUUUUUUAUAUAAGUUACCAGAGAAAAGGCCUAGUUGUAUUAUUUCCAUUGUUACAGUAUUGUAUCUUUUAGUAGCCCAUCAAGUUCUAAUGACAGAACAGGAAAUAAUGCAGUGCUUUCCCUCAAUUAUCAUCCAAAGUAUGGGACAGAAUUUCACUGUUAGACUUUAUGCUCAAAUGACUUUGAUAAAACUAUUCCACAUAAGUAAGGAAAGAAAUUUUAUAAACAUUUUAAAUAAGUAUGAAUUUGUUUUGAAUUUGUCUGAAAUGCAUGAAAUUCAAGCAGAGCAAGGAAAUUUUUCUAGAAAUAUUAAGAAACUCUCUGAAGAUUUCUAUUUUACUGUGUUUAGCCCAAUAUGUCAUUUUAGUUUAGAAACUUUAUUCUUUGAUUUGCCUCGGUUAGUUAAUCUUCCUCCUGAUGAAUGGAUUAAGCCAUCGUUAUUUGAUGAAGAAUGCAACAAAGCUGUUAGAGUGUUCAAUGAUAAUAGCAUAACAAAGGGUGGUCUCCAAAUCCAAUGGUCAUUUAAACCUCUGGAAGAAAAGACCGCAGAAGAGAAUGAGUCUUUCGACUAUAACUUUCAGAAAAAGAUUUGUCCUUUAAAAGAUUUUUUAAGUUUUGAUGGUGAUCAAAUGUCAGAACUUUUUAUCAAAAAACAAAAUUUAAUGAGACAUGGUUUGGUAGUUGUUGCCUCUCUCUGUGAUCGUAUACCAAAUCUAGGGGGCCUUUGUCGCACAUGCGAAAUAUUUGGCAUCAAAGAGUUUGUUAUUGGAAGUUUGAAGUAUGUUGAAGAUAAACAAUUCCAGACACUUGCUGUCUCAUCAGAUAAAUGGAUCCCAAUUAAAGAGGUCAAACCGUAUCAUCUCAAAGAUUAUUUAGUUUCAAUGAAAGAACAAGAUUAUGUUUUGAUAGGAGCUGAACAAACAGAGAACAGUUGUUAUCUUCAAAAUUUUAAAUUUCCAGAAAAAUCCGUUUUAUUGUUGGGUCAUGAAAAAGAAGGUUUGCCAGUUGAUUUAAUUCAAUUGCUAGAUUAUUGUGUUGAAAUACCUCAACAGGGAGUUGUUAGAUCACUAAAUGUUCAUGUUAGUGGAGCUAUACUCAUUUGGGAAUAUUCACGACAGCAUUUAACUAAAAUAUCUUAACGUUUUCUUUCAUACUUUCUUAUAUACUUCUGUUAUACAAGUAAUGUCAGGGUCAUAUUUAUUCUCGCUGUUGUAUAAAAAUUUUGUAUAUUUUGAAAAUAUUUUCAAUUAAAUUUAUAUGAAUAAAAAUGGAAUAACUUA